CCAUUCAUCCUCCCCGCUGCCUCCUCGGUGAAACGUCACGUACAUAACGGGUGCGCGCAUUUGUCAGGAGGAGGAGGCGGAGGAGGGAAAAUGGCGACCUCAAACAAUCCGCGGAAAUUUAGUGAGAAAAUCGCUUUGCACAAUCAGAAGCAAGCGGAGGAAACGGCCGCUUUUGAGGAGGUCAUGAAGGACCUAAGCAUCACUCGGGCGGCACGGUUACAGCUACAGAAGACCCAAUAUUUGCAGUUGGGACAAAGCCGUGGGCAGUACUAUGGAGGCUCCCUGCCAAACGUGAAUCAGAUUGGAAACAGUGCCAUUGACCUACCAUUUCAGACUCCAUUUCAGUCUUCUGGACUAGAUACAAGCAGGACAACACGGCAUCAUGGACUGGUUGACAGAGUCUAUCGAGAACGGAAUCGCCUUGGAUCCCCCCACAGACGACCCUUAUCAGUAGACAAGCAUGGACGACAAGUAGACAGUUGUCCCUAUGGAGCUGUAUAUCUCUCACCCCCGCCUGAUACAAGUUGGAGACGAACUAAUUCAGAUUCAGCCCUGCACCAAAGUACACUGAAUCCCAGCCAACAAGAAGCUUUCACAGGAAGCUCUCAGGAUGUUCAGCAACGAGUGUUGUUACUGACUGUACCAGGAAUGGAAGAUAGUUUGGAAGGAGAUAAAAUACUAAAACAAGGAUGGGACACGAAAAAGACAGGAUCUUCAAGGCCAAAGUCAUGUGAAGUUCCUGGAAUCAACAUAUAUCCGUCAAGUGACCAGGAUAAUACGACGAGCCUGAUCCCUGCUGCACAUAACACUGGCGGAUCACUGCCUGACUUGACAAACAUCCACUUCCCUUCGCCAUUACCAAUUCCAUUAGACCCUGAGGAAUCCACAUUCCCAACUCUGAGCAACGCUAACAGCACCGGCAACCUAGCAAGCAAUUUAACUCACCUGGGUAUCGGUACUGUCAGUCAGGGAAUGACAACAACGCAAGGAACAGGAUCAGUACAGCAUCGUCAGCCACCUGUAAGUCCACUUACGUUGAACUCUGAAUCCAGAAGGCAGCAGUCACAACAGAUGUCUCCAACUAUGUCCCCUCUUUCACCUAUUACUCAGGCAGUGGCAAUGGAUGCUUUGUCUCUGGACCAGCAGCUUCCCCCGUACACAUUUUUUACACAGCCAAGUUCACAGCAACAGACACAAGUGCCACAUAAUACCACAUUAAUGCAGGGCUCUGGUUUACAAAGGGGAACACAGCUCCCUCCCCUUACAGUAACUAUAUCCACCACAGUUCCACAGUCACCUCCAGGAAAUCAGACACCAUCAUCUCUGGCUAUGGAUAUUAAUUCGGCUUCUCUCCAGCAGUACCGCAGUAAUGCUGGAUCCCCAGCCAUCCAGUCUCCCACUUCUCCUGUCUCCAAUCAAGGCUUCUCUCCAGGCAACUCCCCUCAACAUUCAAUCCUAGGGAGUGUAUUUGGAGAUUCCUAUUAUGACCAGCAGAUGACUGCACGGCAAACGAAUGCCCUAUCUCACCAGCUUGAGCAAUUUAACAUGAUAGAAAAUGCAAUUAGCUCCAACAGCCUAUACAGCCCCUGUUCAACGCUUAACUACUCUCAGGCAGCCAUGAUGGGACUUACAAGUAGUCACAGCAGCUUGCAAGAUUCUCAGCAGCUCAAUUAUUCUAGUCAUAGUAACAUACCUAACAUCAUUCUCACAGUUACAGGAGAAUCCCCCCCAAGCUUAUCAAAGGAACUUACUAGUACACUGGCAGGUGUUGGAGAUGUGAGUUUUGAUUCUGAUUCACAGUUUCCUCUGGAUGAACUUAAAAUUGACCCCUUGACAUUGGAUGGACUGCAUAUGCUUAAUGAUCCAGACAUGGUCCUGACAGAUCCAGCAACAGAAGAUACUUUUAGAAUGGACCGACUGUAAAUUGAAUAUUCAAUGCAGGAAAUAUAAUGCUGUCCUUACCCCCGCUGAGCAGAAACGUUCAAUUGUGUAAGGCAACCACUGAGAGGUGUCGCUCUAUGCUGUACAAUGAGUAAAAUCUUGUUGUCCUAAGCUUGCAAUGCUAUGAAUCACAUAUUGUGUGCCAUGUUUAGCUCUUGUAAUCCGUUCAUUGCAGCCCAAUGAAGGAUUAUAUCUAAUUUUUCUUUAUUAAUCACCAAAGUUCUGACAUUGAGUUAACUUUUUAUUUUUAGUGCUUACACUCAGUGUUUAAAUCUGGUGCAGGAAAACAGAUUGGAUCCUCUGAUUACUAGACAGUUGUUGGCCUUACUAAAGCCUGUAUCAGCAUAUGCUGUGUAUAGCAUUUCACCUCUUGAGAAGGACAAGCAGGCCAAAAUCUAAUGAGGAAUUGCUAUACUUUUUGGAUAUUAAAAUUGUGGUUUUUCCAGACAGCUUUGUUUCUGACUGUAGCUGACAUAGGGAAUUUGCCUGCCAUGGGAAUGCUUGACAAAUAUUGUUAAUUAUUUAGACUAAAAACAUCCAUCCUUCUGAAUAGAAGACACUUUACACAUUGUCUGAAUUGUCUGAUUUGCUAAAGAAAUAGAGGCUGCUUCAGCACACAGAAUUGCACGGUUAGUGAAGGAGCCAAUUGAAAUAGUUUUCAUAGGAAAUCAUAAGCAGCUAAUCAAACAGUAGUCCAGCUAUUAAACUUUGUGUUCUUCUACAAAGGAUGGUUUUCUAGUUUGUUGCCCAGCUUGUGAAUUACCCCAUUUAAAGUCAGAAGGGCUAACAACAAUCUUCUUAAGCAGUCAUGUUUUCAUAGUAUUUGUGAAAGUUGUUGUUAAACUUGGGAUACGUUCUAAUGCUUCAUAAAAAAAUACAUAGAUAAAACAAAAAGGGGGAUGAAUUUGUAAUCUUGCCAACCAGAUUAUUCAUAAAAUGCACCCUUACUACUAGAAACUAUGGGUUCCUUCCUAUGCAUUACACUGUUACAAAUGAAAUGGUUUGUUUCUGAUGUAUAAGUUAAAUAUGAUAAUGCAUGCAGUUGUAUGUUUUAUUGGCAGCUGUAGAUGCAAAGCAAGAGCAUUAACACCUGAAAUGUAACAGCUGAUUUUACCGUUAUAGUUGCUUACCUUUACUGAAGAAAUGUAAAUGUAUUCCAUCUUCUACAACCAAAACUGCCUAAUGUUACCAAUAGCAAUCUUUUACAAUGACAGGUUACUUAUUGUGAUUGUAUUUUUCAAAUGUUGUGAAUCACGUAUUCGUUCCCAGGCUACAUGGUUAGAUGCACUUUGUCCUGAUUGCUACAAUGACUGCUGCAUAAACGGAGGUGACUGCACUGUCAAAAGAUACCCAACGCUAACUAUAACCCACAUUUAUCAUUUUCUAAAAGGAACCUCUAAGGUUUGCACGCAGGAUUAAACAACCUUUUCUUAAAGGAACAGAGCAUGAGCCUAAAUUGAUAGGUCUGCAAGGAGUUAAUGGCAAGGUGGAAACUGCCGAACAACCAGAGUGUAUUUGGGGAGAAAAGAGAUGUCAUAUAAUCAGGAAGUUAAAGAAACGUGAGUCACACCUAGAAUUAGUAUCUAUUAUACAGAGCUUUAUAUACAUCUGCAGAUAUGUUUCCCAAGAUAUGGGCUACUCAAAGCCCCUUAUAUGAUGUAUAAUAGUUCUGCUAUACAGAAAUAAAUAUAUUCUGUACUAAACCAGUAAGUGAUAAUAUUGGAUGCUUGGGCAACAUUGGUUCAUGAGCUCGUCUACCCCAGUCGGAAAUAGGAUUAACCUAGAUUUUGUACUACAACUUCUGUAUCUCUGGUAAAUUCUGAUAAAUAAUUUUAUUAUUCAGACAAGAAAAUUAGAAGAAAUAUACAUUUUUUCACAUUAGCUAACAUAUAAUCAUAGUGUUAGCUCCAUAAGUAAAAUAGCCUAUUUAAUUCUAGUUGUAGAUCGUUUUAAACAGACAGCAUUGCCUUGCUGAGGUUAACAAAAUAGGAUUUGUACUCUUAAUGUAAAAAAGUUAAAUGAUUUUUGGUCUGUUUUUUAAGCAUUACAAUCAUACCUGUUAAAUCUUUUUAAGAACACAAGAAGCAAAAUCAAGUUUUGCUGUUUUAAGUGAAAGUCUUUCCCUGAAGAUCUAUGACCUUAACUUCAACACUUGCGUCCAAUUUUGUACUGAGGAAAGCUCUGUAUGGAUUUGAUUUACUACAUUUUGCCACGAGAGACAAUAUAACCUCACAUUUCCUAGGCUUUGUCACUUCUGAGUGGUUACCUUAAAAAUCGCACCGAGUGCUAUGGUUCUGGGUGCAUUGUUGUUAUAAAGCUAAUAGUGGGAAAAUAACAAUUCAAGUGCCUCCAGCUUAGUACAGUACCCCAUCAGCGAGUCACUUCUGAUGGCUGUGUAUUUACAAGUAGGCUAAAAUCAUUUCGAAGGGAGCAGGGAAUACAGUACUGAAAGUUUCUCAUUCUUUGGUCUUCUAUAAAUGUGUGUUAUUAGAUUAGUUAUUUGUAUCAAGCUAAUAUCAACAAAACAGACUGCUGAUAGUAUUGUCAUUUCCCUGCUUAUCAGUGUACAAAUGUAGAAAACUAGCCAAUCAGAGAAAAAAAAAAAAAUCAAUAAACGAAUGUGACUCGGCUUUAAGAAAA